AUGCUCCCUCUCCGGAAAAUCACGCUGCUGCUUCUGUCCACCUUUGUCUUGGCGGGAGAUGGCAUCCCUCGAUUCGACAGCAUCAAGCGAGCGGUGCCUGGUCAUGGACUGAUCUUGGAGUCGCACGUGGCCAAGUCCCAUCCAGAUCGAAUCGUGAACGUUGAGAUGCUGCACGAAGAUGGACACGACCCCGCUUUCCACUUGCUGCAAGACGACGACGUCGUGCAUUCAUCUCAUUCUCACAAAGUUGAAUUGUCUGGAAUGGCCCCAGGGCGGGGCGGACGUUACGUCGCCGCGUCGCCCAUUGCUGCAGGCGAGGAAAUCCUGAGCAUCCCCAUGGACAACGUCAUGUCUGCUCAGUCAGCGAAGGAAGGCCGCAUCCAUCUCCUCGUGGACGCAAACCCGCACCUCCCCCCCGCGGUAGUGCUGGCCUUGCACCUCCUCGAAGAAAAGCACAAAGGACCUUCGUCCAAGUGGCACUCGUUCAUAAGCACGCUGCCCAAAACCUUACACAGCACCAUCUUCUUGUCAGACGAUGAAUGGGAUCUCAUUCAAGGAUCGCAUGUGGCUCGACUCACCGAGACUCGGCGCAAGGCGAUCGCCGACUUUUACGACGCGCUCGAGUCGCCGCUCACGUCCAACAUCGUGGACCCGCCCUUCUUCACCCCUGCCCAAUUCACCCUCAAGUCCUUUCAAUGGGCUAUGGCCGCCGUGUGGGCCCAUUCGAUCUUAGUGCCCAAGCUACAAGUCGAUCCAGCGGAGGACGCCGACCAGUUUGACGCGGUGCUCGUGCCUGUCGUGAGUACAUUAACGCCAUGCCACGACUGCGAUAAUCGCAUCCAAGUGGAAGCCGGUCACUUUACGUUGAUCGCAUCUCAAGCUCUUGCCCAGGGAGACGAGGUGCAAUUUCACCUGGGCACGAACUCGAUGGCGCUGUACAUGCUCAACCACGGGUUUGCGCCUGCGACGCCGUCGAGCGCCGACGCCGUGGCGGUCGGUAUCCAAGUCGAGCCGUCCGACCCCCUCCUACUGUUCAAGAACCAGAUCCUCGCCAUGAUGAACACGACCAUGGAUGUUUCUUAUGCCCCUGCAUAUGGCAUGUCCACAGACACUAUUCUCGCGUCCAUGUUGCCUUCCAUGCGCGCCAAGGUGUUGGCGACGAGUGAAAUGGACCAAUAUCAACGUGUGGUCGAUGGGCACAUUGUCUCAUUGCGAAACGAACACGCUGUAUGCCGCGCUUUGUUGCAAACGGUCCAUACCAUGUUGGCCCAAUAUAUAACGUCCCCAGACCAAGUGAAUCACCUGUUAUCAAGUGCGGUCCUCGAGACAGAGCAAACCAAGGACCUUCUACGCACGUUGCAAGUGGAACAAGAGAUUCUCAUCACGACCGAGCAGGCGAUUCAACACCACUGGCUGCAACUGCUUGUGGAUGACUCGCUACUGUCUGCCACCACCAACGCUACUUAA